AUGCCGCUGGUCAAUUACGGCGUCUGGAAGGCCUAUCCCAAAGAUUACAAUGUUGAACGUCGUGGGACCAGAAAACCUCAUCUAACUCUUAAUUUUCACAAUAAUGGAGGGCCAGACUUUCACGCCGCCAUAAACAUCAGGUCUGGAGACCGACAAGAGUCGCGACUUGUCUAUUGGGUAAAUGAGGAUAUGAGCGGCCAUCCGCUCGUUGGGGGUCUGUCGGAGCUCGAGCCCGGCUUCGAGCAAUUGGACGAUAAAGAGCCAGAACGGGGCGGCCUACGGCUUGAUUACAUCCGGGGUAAUCUCUUUGAUGUAAAUACCGGUCGGGUUCUUGAGCACGACAUUACUGGUCCAAACAAUGACAUUAUCGAUGUCCUGGUGCCUAAAGUCCAGCAAGCAAUCGACGAGAGGGCUGUCGUUUACAUCUUCGGCGAGCAAUUCAACAGAAAGGAUGGAAUACACAAUGUCCACAUGAACCAGGGCAACAUCCGAAGGUACUCGGGUGACGAUGGCGUGUUCCAGGACGGCGCGCUUCUCUUCCAAUUCCGAGGGGCCGUCCCAGAGGCCGAUAGAUGGGUUGGUAUUUUCCUCGCCUUUGCAUCGCAGGCCGUGCAUACAAGUGAGAAUAGUGGCCAUGCCAUAUCACGAGUCACCUGGAAAGACCUCCUGCCUGGGGACCUUGUCGAAAAUUCAGUUGCUAUCCGCAAGGCCGUUGUGGAUUCUUUUGGCCAAGGAGAAGACAAGAAGCAGUUUGUUACCCUGGCGAACCUCACAAACCGCAAGAUAUCGCUCGCAGGUUGGAGGAUCCGCAAUUCGCGCUGGGCACAACAGUUUCUCCCUAUGGAUGCGGCUUUAGGUGCAAAGGCCACCGAGGCCUUUGAGGUUCCAAAUUACCCCUUAUCUACAGACGGUGACACUAUCACGCUUCUCGAUCGCGAUGGGCUCAAGGUCGCUGGCGUCAGCUAUACCUCUCAGCAUGUGAAAAAUGGGGAAAUCGAUUUUGCAGGCUAAAGUCAAUAGUUCACUUCCUACUGAUGUUUAUACUGUGAAUCUGUCUGUCCUUUGUCAAAAGCAACGCCAACGCGGAGUCGAUA